GUAGCAUGUUUUACUUAUUCCUAGUCUGCCACUGUCUGCUGAAAAUCAUGCUCCCUCUUGUCUUUUUCAAAGGUCAAGAUUAGCAAGUAAGAAUGGAUGUUUUAGGAAUUUUCUAUCAAGCUAAACUUCUGAAAUAUGGAUUUAGAUAAGAGACAUUAUUAUAAUGGAGGAAUUGGGUGUGAGACAUUAUUAUAUAUGGGGAAACAUGUAUUAGUGAGCACUGAGUGGCAUUCAGAAUUUAGAAGUUGUGGCGAAUCAAUACGAUUUUCUUUGCCUGUGCGUGCAAGAUAGCAAUGAGACCAAAUCUGUCAAUCCCAUGCGCGCAAUGAGAAUUCUGUUCCAUUGCCUUGCUAACACAUUAUAUAUAUAUAUACAUCUUACCACUUCAAUACUACUCCGUAUAUGUUUGCUCUUCACUCCAGUCCUUCCCAAGAAGUUCCCUCUCUUAUUUCUCUGCCUCUCCGUCCUCCUCCCACUCCCACUCCCACUCCCCCCACAGCAUUUCUGGGUUCGUGUCAGUGUAAUGCGAAAUAUCUAGAAGCGAUUUCAUGGGUUGUGAUGAGAUUGAAGCAGGGGCUUGUCCUGGAUUUGAAGGGUUUGAAAAGAGGCUGGAAAUCGAAUUCACUUGUUGCGAAAGACCAGAGCAGAGUGGAGUAAAGGUUAAUAAGAAAACAUGGCUGAGGUCCCUGGCAGUGUCAGCGCUAGAAGAGAUCCUGAGCGCUGCACAGUGCAGCAUAGUGUCAGGCCUGAGCAACCCUGAGUUGGACUCUUAUGUGCUGUCAGAGUCGAGCCUAUUUGUGUAUCCACUCAAAAUCAUCAUCAAAACAUGUGGAACUACACAGCUUCUCAACGCAAUCCCUGCUUUGUUAAAUCAUGCAUCUGGGUUGUCUCUGGCAGUCUGUGGUUGCAGAUAUAGCAGAGGGGCAUUUCUGUUUCCCCAAGCUCAGUCAUUUCCCCAUACUGAUUUCAGGGAAGAAGUGCUCUUCCUUGACAACUAUUUUGGCGGCUUGGGGUCUGGUUCCAAGGCCUACAAGCUCAUGGAUGGCAUUUGGCACAUUUACUCUGCCCAAGCCCUGCCAUUGCCCUGCAACUCAAUACCAUCUUCAUCUUCUUACACUUUGGAGGUGUGCAUGACUCAGAUUGACGCAUCAUUUGCAUCUCUGUUUUUCAAGGAAAAUGGGCUUCAGACUGCAAGAGAGAUGAGCGUUUCAUCUGGCAUAGCAAACAUCCUUGAGGAUUUUGAGGUCUGUGACUACGCCUUCGAUCCCUGCGGCUACUCCAUGAACGCCAUUAAUGGGGAUGCCUAUUCUACCAUACACAUAACGCCCGAGGAGAAUUGUAGCUAUGCCAGUUUUGAAAUCAUGGAGACCACAACUCUUGAUUGUCUGCAGGCUUUGACAUAUAAAAUUGCAUCUGCAUUUCGCCCUGGAACACUGUCCUUCUCUCUGUAUCAGUAUACUCAUGAUCAAGAGGAAGAAGUAUCAAAAGCUUUUCAUCUCUAUGGCUAUGAAUGCACAGAACCCAUUCAUAAAACUUUACCUGGAGGUGGAAUGCUACUCUUCUUUUCUUUCACAAGAAUUGCCAAAGUAUUGAACACUAUAAAGCUUAAAUAGCAGGGCAGGUUGUUUGUUUAUCUGGGGGAUUGAACACUGGACAUGUCCCCUGACAGUAAACCAGUAGCACAAUCAAAUUCUGUAAUCAAACACAUUUCUUGCAGAUCUUGUAAUGCAAUGAUAACUUCUCUUUUCAA